AUGGCCCACCCUCUACUGAGCUUCCCCAGCAUAUUGUACCUUUCUAUUUCUUAUAACGAGAAAAAUUAUAUUAUUGGCUUUCGCAAUAUAAUGUCAUUAUUUAUGCCACAGAUACCGGUUCCCCCAACAUAUGCAGAUCGCUUAAAGGUCAUUUUCAAUAGUGCUGUUGACAAGAUUCACAGGACCAAACAUCUUAUUGAGACUCUAAAGAGACAGGAGAACAGGUUUGAAACAUACAUUACAAUAGGCAACUUCACACUCAGGUAUUAUGGGGACCACGAGAAAACCGCAACAGCAAUGGAAGCAGCUGCAAUUUAUUACUCUCUAAAGCACAUUACCAAUGUUCAGGGAUACAAGAUAGUUGACCUCAAUUUCACAACUCUCGCAAAAUUAGUAUCUGACAUAGAUACAUGGAAUGCACGUAUCAACAUGUUUUAG